GGGUUGUAGAUGGGUAGCUGAGUACUGGGCCUGGGGAAGUUUGCUCUCUUCAGGUGGUUGAUGGUGGUCAGAGUAGAUGAUUUUUGGCCAGUGGCAGGUGUGGGGAGUGCCAGGUGGAAGUGUGUUUGGGUCUUUGUGUAAGGCGGUUUUAACUGUAAGAGGGGGAUUAAGAUGAAGCUGAGUCUCUGAUAGGGGAAGACAGUCAGUAUUUGAUGAGUCAGUGUGAUCUGUGUGUGGAGAGAGAAUAAUGUAAAUAGCCUGGGACAGAGUAAGGUUGAGUUCCUAAAGGAAAGAGAAGGUCUGUGGUCAUGAAAAAUUAGUGUGUCAGGUCCUGGUGUACAGUAUGUGAGGAAGUGAGUAGUGCGGAGAGGUGGAGCUAGAGCUGGAAGGGAUGGUGUCAGGAGGCAAUGGAAGAAGUACUUUGUGGACAGAAAAUGUGAAAGGCAGUAGUCACUGGUGGCUUGCUGGACUGAUAGAGAGAAAUCAAAAAAGCAGAGACUGAGCCUGCAUGAAGAUUUUUUGCUAAAGAAUGUGAUAAGGAAGAAUUUAGGGUGGGAGUCUAUAUGCUUCAGCCACCAUGUCUGGAAUUGGCAAUAAGCGGACAGCUGGAGAGCCUGGCCCUUCUGCACCUCCAGAGAAGAAGGCGGGGGUUGAAGAUUCAGGGACCACAGUGGAGACCAUUAAGCUUGGUGGCGUUUCUUCAACGGAGGAGAUGGAUAUCCGGACCCUACAGACCAAGAACAGGAAACUAGCAGAGAUGCUGGACCAGCGGCAAGCCAUUGAAGAUGAGCUACGGGAGCACAUUGAGAAGCUGGAGCGUCGGCAGGCAACUGAUGAUGCCUCUCUACUGAUUAUCAAUCGGUACUGGAAUCAGUUUGAUGAAAAUAUCCGCAUCAUCCUUAAACGCUUUGACCUGGACCAAGGUCUUGGAGACCUUUUGUCUGAAAGAAAAGCACUGGUGGUACCAGAACCCGAACCAGACUCGGACAGUAAUCAGGAGCGCAAAGAUGAGAGGGAACGAGGUGAAGGACUGGAGCCAGCAUUCUCCUUCCUAGCCACUCUAGCCAGCAGCACUAGUGAGGAGAUAGAGUCUCAGCUGCAGGAGCGUGUAGAGUCCUCCCGUCGUGCUGUUGCCCAGAUUGUGAUGAUGUAUGACAAGCUGCAGGAGAAAGUGGAUGUGCUGUCCCACAAGCUGAAUAGUGGAGAUAUUUCGUUGAUGGAAGAAGCAGUCCUGGAGCUUAAUACAUACCUCUCACAUGAAAAUGGACGGCUGCAGGAGCUGGCUGAUGUUCUUCAGGAGAAGCACCGAAUCAUGUCUCAGGAGUUCUCUAAGCUGCAAGAGAGAGUGGAGACAGCAGAAUCUCGAGUGUCUGUUCUGGAGACUAUGAUUGAUGAUCUUCAGUGGGAUAUUGACAAGAUACGCAAGAGGGAGCAGAGGCUCAACCGGCACUUAGCAGAUGUUCUGGAACGAGUAAACUCCAAAGGCUACAAGGUAUAUGGAGCUGGGAGCAGCCUCUACGGGGGCACAAUCACUAUUAAUGCCCGCAAGUUUGAGGAGAUGAAUGCAGAGCUGGAAGAGAAUAAAGAGCUUGCUGGGAAUCGCCUCAGUGAGUUGGAGGAACUACGCCAGGAUCUUGAGGAGGUAACAACACAGAAUGAAAAACUCAAGGUUGAGCUGCGACGAGCAGUGGAAGAGGCUGUGAAGGAGACUCCAGAAUACCGCUGCAUGCAGUCCCAAUUUUCUGUUUUGUAUAAUGAGAGUCUCCAGCUGAAGGCACAUCUUGAUGAGGCUCGCACUCUGCUUCAUGGCACCCGCACCACACACCAGCGCCAGGUGGAACUAAUUGAGAGGGAUGAGGUCAGCCUUCACAAGAAACUACGCACAGAGGUGAUUCAACUAGAGGACACCCUGGCACAAGUCCGCAAAGAGUAUGAGAUGUUGAGGAUAGAGUUUGAACAGACACUUGCUGCCAAUGAACAAGCAGGCCCAAUUAAUCGGGAGAUGCGUCAUCUCAUCAGCAGCCUCCAAAAUCACAACCACCAGCUGAAGGGAGAGGUGUUAAGAUACAAGCGCAAACUGAGAGAGGCCCAAUCUGACUUGAGCAAGAUCCGCUCUCGCAGUGGCAGUGCUCUCUUACAGUCCCAGUCCAGCACUGAAGAUACAAAGGAGGAACCUCCAGAGAUCAAGCAGGAAUCUGAUGAUCCUUCUGCUCAAGUGUCUGUCCCCAAAGCUGCUUCUGAAGACGUUAAUGAAAUGAAGGCCAGGCGAGAUGAAGAGGAACGAGAGCGAGAGAGACGAGAGAGGGAGAGGGAACGAGAGAAGGAAAAAGAGAAAGAGAGAGAGCGGGAGAAAGAGAAAGAGAAGGAAAAGGAACGAGAGCGGGAAAAGCAGAAGCAGAAGGAAUCUGAGAAGGAGAGAGAGUCCAAAGAGAAGGAGAAAGGGAAGCAUGAAGAUGGAAGAAAGAAGGAGGCUGAAGUGAUCAAGCAGUUGAAGGCUGAGCUGAAGAAGGCCCAGGAGAGCCAGAAGGAGAUGAAGCUCUUGCUAGAUAUGUACCGCUCUGCUCCCAAAGAGCAGAGAGACAAAGUGCAGCUGAUGGCAGCUGAGAAGAAGGCAAAAGCUGAGCUGGAAGAACUGAGGCAGAGGGUGAAAGAAUUAGAAGACAAGGAGAAGAAGGAGAGUAAAAAGAUGGCUGAUGAGGAUGCCCUCCGCAAGAUCCGAGCAGUGGAGGAACAAAUUGAGUAUUUACAGAAGAAACUAGCCAUGGCUAAGCAGGAGGAGGAGGCCCUGCUGUCAGAAAUGGAUGUCACAGGCCAAGCCUUUGAAGAUAUGCAGGAGCAAAACAUCCGCUUGAUGCAGCAGCUGCGGGAGAAGGAUGAUGCCAACUUCAAGCUGAUGUCGGAACGCAUCAAGUCCAACCAGAUCCAUAAGCUGCUGAAAGAGGAGAAGGAGGAGCUGGCAGACCAAGUUUUGACAUUGAAGACACAGGUGGAUGCCCAGCUGCAGGUUGUACGUAAGCUAGAGGAAAAGGAACACUUACUGCAAAGCAGUAUCGGAACAGGUGAGAAAGAACUAGGUCUCCGAACACAGGCCCUGGAAAUGAACAAACGCAAGGCUAUGGAUGCAGCCCAGCUUGCAGAUGAUCUGAAAGCCCAGCUAGAGCUGGCUCAGAAGAAAUUACAUGACUUCCAGGAUGAGAUUGUGGAAAACAGAGUAACUAGAGAAAAAGAGAUGUUCAACUUCAAAAGGGCUGAGGAAGAUAUUUCUAGGUUACGCAGGAAGCUGGAGACCACUAAGAAGCCUGACAUGGUUCCCAACUGUGAUGAGAUAUUGAUGGAAGAAAUCAAGGAUUACAAGGCCCGCCUGACCUGCCCAUGCUGUAACAUGCGCAAAAAGGAUGCUGUGCUCACAAAGUGCUUUCAUGUCUUCUGUUUUGAGUGUGUGAAAACACGCUAUGACACUCGGCAGCGUAAAUGCCCCAAGUGCAAUGCUGCCUUUGGUGCCAACGACUUCCAUAGGAUCUACAUCGGUUGAUUCUUUCCAGUGGAGUGAUGGAAAGUUGCUGCUUAUGCUGACCACCCAGCCGCCCUCACUGUCUGUGAUUGUCACCUUUGGGGCAGUCACUGCUUCUGUCAGCUCAUUUGCAGUCUCUUCUGGGAAGUGUGGUUAGGAUAUGGAAAGAAACAGAUUCUGGAUCUUGGUUCCUUUUUUGUCUGUCUUCUUUUAUUCUUGCCCUCAGUUUUUGUGAGUUCUUUGUGCCUGAGAGGACAUUUCCUAUCCAUCACUACACUGCCAAGUUGGGAACAUCAAGUCCUGCCUUGAUGGGAUGGAAGCUCUCUGUGGUGCAGCAGAGAUAAAUGAGGCCUUUAUUUGAUGAGCUUGCUCUGGAUGUUAAUUCCCAUCAAGGUACAGCAGUGUUUCUGAGAGUUAAUAGUUUCCCACUUAAAAGGCCAAUAACCAAUGAACAAGUACACCUGUAGACUUCAGUGGAGUGACUCCCUUAGACAUGUAUCAUUCUGACUUAGGGUAAGAAUCUGUGAAGGCUGGUGCAUUAGUAAACACCUUCCCUACCCCCGCAAGCAAAUGCACAUAUUAGUGUCCAGAAGAGCAGAACGAGAAGAUGUUGGAGAAUCUUUGAAAAUAGCAUUCCGCUAAUGAACCCUGGUUGGUAUGUCUAUCUUCUCCUAGGUUGAGGCACUGCUAUCAUUGUCCUUAGUUUCCAGAAAACAAUUUUAGAAGUUACUUUGUUGCAACUUUGACAGAAAGAUUAAUCUCGUAAUGCACACAAUCUAAUAAAAGCUGUUGUCCGGGUUAUUUUUCUGGUUUUCUUACCUCUGGUAGUGUCUGUCUGUACUCCUGUCCUAUGUCCAGUUACUGGAAACAUUUUUCACAAGCUUUAAGCUUCUAAAGUAGAGAUUAAUUUCUUCCUUCCUCUGCUUUCAAAAAAAUGGUUAACUGAAACAACCUUUGUCCUUUUGACUGUAUCUUCACUACCUUAUUCCUGACAGAACAGAAGGGCCAAGAUGCUGGAUUAUUCUGUCAUUUUGUCAUGGCCACUGGGAAUUUUUUGAAAGGACAGGGCAUAGGUUAUAGUCUCUGCUCCCUGUACUGUAAUGGUGUAUUUGAAGUCUGCCCCUAAAAUCAAAAAGUCAUUUAAUUACAACGUUCUUUCAUAGGUCAUAGUGUCUGUCCUAUAAACUUAAUUUUCUUGGAAGGUGCAACUGUCAGAGGUUUGUCUCAUCUAUGUCCCUUCCCUGAAUCAUAAAAUCUGUAUUACCUUCCUCUAUUCAUUGUAAGAAAUAAUAGAAACAAUAGUAAAGUGAAAGCAAUUAAUUACAGACUGUCUUAAAGUAUUCAUUAUGAUUUUUAUCUUUCUGAAAACGUUCAAAAAUAUGAAUUCAACCUUGUAAAUUAUUAAGAAUCCUGUAAAGUGAGAGGGAACACGUGACCCUAUUUUUGUAAGGGGAAGCUGGAAUGCUGAGUUUGUCGUAUGGCUAAAGUUCUGUUACAGCAUGCGCAGAAGAAAUAAAAGCAGAACUUUCUGCUUUCGCUGGA